UAUAAGCUCUGUAGAAAGUUUAAGAAAAACAAAAACAAAAAACAAAACAAAUAUUUAAAAUCGCAAAACAAUAAUUAAUUGUAAAUUGUGUUAAAAAUACCAAUUGAUAAGAAUAUUGGUGGAAAAGAAGAAAAGAUAGAAGAACCUUUUUUAUUGUCUUUUUUGUCAUUUAAAUUUGAAUUUUUAAUUUUUAAUAUAAAACUAUUUUAUAUUAAAAGUUUGGAUUAAAAAAAGCAAAACUGAAACAUGCAUAGUAUGAUUGCAAGAACAGCCGCUCAUAGAACCACCAUGUCUGAUGAAGCAACAAAUGGCAGUGCCUCUCCAGCCCCUCCCACCGCUGAAUUAGCUGAGAUGGCUUUAGAAGAGCCAAAAGUAUCAUUCCAAGAUCAAUUUAAGGCCUUUUCGAAAUUCGGUGAUACCAAAUCCGAUGGUAAAUUGAUCACACUAUCACAGAGUGACAAAUGGAUGAAACAAGCUAAAGUUAUCGAUAAGAAAAUCACCACCACCGAUACUGGUAUUCACUUUAAAAAAUUCAAGGCCAUGAAAAUCUCUUAUGCUGAUUAUAAUAAAUUCCUGGAGGAUUUGGCUAAAACCAAAAAGGUUGAAUUGUCUGAAAUUAAAAAUAAAAUGGCUUCAUGUGGAGCUCCGGGAGUAAUGCAAGUAUCGGCUGGCAAAGCUGCUUCUGCUGUAGAACGUUUAACUGACACAAGCAAGUAUACUGGAUCUCAUAAGGAACGUUUUGAUGCCACUGGCAAGGGUAAAGGUAUUGCUGGACGCAAAAAUAUUGUUGAUGACUCUGGCUAUGUUUCCGGCUAUCAAAAUAAGGAUACCUAUCCUGCUACUGGCAAUUAAAUUUUUGUAUACAUUUAUAAUGGACUCUUAUAAAUUUAAAAUCAAAACAUUUUUUAUUAUAAAAUUUUACUAAUUUAUAUAAUAUUAGCUACAAACAACAACAAAAAACUUAUAUUUAAGCCUCAACAGUUUAGUUAAGUAAGUUAAAUGUAAAUUCCUUUCCACAGAAGCACAAUUUUAUUUUAAUUUUUUGUUUAAGUUAAACAUUUUAAUUAAUUUUUGAGUAAUUUUUCAUUGUUCUUUAAAUUGUUUUGUUUCUUUAAAUAAAUUGUGAUAAUUUUUAUUUAGUGUA